AUGUCUGCUCCUAUUAUUUACAACGACUCGAUGUUGGAGUCUGAACUUCCCACCGCUUCUCCUCAUGUCAAGUUGGAGACUAUUGACGAAUUGUCCUGUCACUUGCCAACCACUGGCAUGAAGGACUCGAGCUUGUCUGUUAACCAAGACAGCUCGCCCAUUAUCGUCCACUCAGAAGUCUUGGACUCUGUUUUCUCCACCAACUUGGACGACAAUGACCAACUCUUGGGCAACACGCCAAUGUUUGACGAAUUGGACUUCACCUUGGACGGAACCAAGGUCAACUCCAAGGACGAUUGGGUUUCUUUGUUCAAGGAUGAGCCUAUUCCUGAACAUGCUGCAAGCGCUCCUUCUGUCCCUGAACAGGACGAAGACUUGCAUAACUUGUUUGCUGAAGAGUUUGAAGACACUUUCCAGUUUGCUCCAGUCAAGAGCUCAAAGCCUCAGCAGCCUGUCAAGCAACUUGAAACCCCUUCUACUCCAGCUCUCUCCACGCCUGUGAUCCGUGACACUCUUGCCGUGGACUCUGCUAACAGAGUCUCCAAGAAGGCCAAGGUUGAUCACUUGGGCUGUGUGUCGUACUCCAAGAAGCAACGGAGCCAACCAUUGAAGCCCGUUGCUGUUCACUCGGAAGAUCCUGUUCUCUUGAAGCGUGCUCGUAACACUGAAGCGGCACGUCGUUCGAGAGCCAGAAAGAUGGAAAGAAUGAACCAAUUGGAGGCCAAGGUUGAAGAGUUGUUGGAAGGCAAGAAAGAGUUGGCCGAUGAAGUGAACAGAUUGAAGAACAUUUUGUCUGCUCACAACAUCCCAUUCUAA